AUGCCGUCGGUUAACUCGGGGUACACCUUCGAGGACUUCCUCAAGCGCCUGGAGCGCAGCCCCGUCACGCACAUGUCACCGCUCUAUCAUGAACACCGGGAGCUCUUCGUGCGUCGUCCCGACAUGUUUUCACGCGCCAUCGGCUCCAUCACGUGGGAGAAAGGAUGUGCGCUCAUUGACGCGGCGUACCACUCGCAGCCCAUCGCCGUCGUCACCUACCGUGCGCUACUGGCGCGGAUGCUGCUACAUAAUCAGUACGUGCGACGCAGCGGCGCCGGAAGCUUGGUGCCCUGGAGCUCCGCCCUGCGAGCGUACUCCGAGGCUAUUCUGACGCACGGCAAUGUGGUUCCGACGCGGAUGACGAUAGCUGCGCUUCGUCUGUUGGCACCGCAGCGUCAGUGGGUGGCCGCUAUCUCGCUCCUUAAACUCAGCCAGGCCAAUGAAAAGCUGACAAUCCCCAUGCUUAUUGACGCAGCUGGUUGCUGUGCGACUCCCUCGGCGUGGCAAACGGCCAUGGCGCUGCUUGGGCACGUGCACGGGCAAUCACCCAAUCUACUUCCUGACUGUAUUCAAAGCCUCCGACCCGUUGGGACAGAUGCCGGGGAGGUCACUGCUGCCGCGAAUGCAUUGAUGCCUGACCAUAGAGGCCAAACCCCUGAGCAGAAACGUGUGCUUUCGGUUUUAACUGACGUGGUGGCUUCAGUGCCGUGGCAGACGGCCAUGUCCAACGAGAUGUGUAUGUCGCAUCUUUCACACUUAGUGGCAAGUACGACGUACACAACGCAGGAGAAAACUGAGGCGCUCAUAUUCGCAACGCGACAAUUUCCAUGGGAAGCAUUCAUGCAGCUUAUGGUGGCUCACGACGCAUCCAUACUGGCGGCUUCAAGCAGCAACAGCAGCGCCCCAUCACCGACAUCGACCACAGUGGAGGGGCAACCACAAAAGUCGCCGGAGAUGUCACCAUUGAACUUGCCUGUUGUUAGGGAGAGUCUGCAACUGCUUGCAAAGGCCCCAGAAACGGCGGUUCCUUUUCUUGCCGCUAUCAUCGACAAGCUUCCCUCGGCCAAGACCGCGACAAGGUUUCUGAGUGAGGUGGCCUCCAUGUAUCGUGACACCCUCGUCACUGCGGUGCUGCGUCAUCCACUUGUCAUUUCUGCUCUGCUGCGGAAGUGUUCAUCGGAGGCGGAGUGGCGCAUCGCGUCUUCCGUGUUGCUUUCCAUGUCGCCGAGCCCGUUGCCGUGUGAGGUGGCCAGUGCACUUGUACUACAGAUGCGGGCGGCGAGGCAGCCCUCUUUGGUUGUAGACAUUCUUCAGAAGUCUUUUGUACCGGCCAAGGUGACUUUGACAGCGGAGGCCAUGGAGGCUGUGCUCGUGUGUGUGUUGGCACACAAUCGCAUUGUUGCUGCGUCGGCCGCGCAUUCCGCGCCAGAGACGUUGAAGAGGAAGCAGAUGGUAGAGGUCCAUUGGCUCUCCGCACUGAGCUGGGCGACGGAUUUGGUGCAGGAUGAGGCGGAAGGACGUAUUAUGCAAACAGGAUCUGCCGCUUCAGCAGGCACCGUGAGCCAUUCCCCUUCCAAACCUACUCCACGUCAGAAACCUUUGUCGCCUCGUAUGCUCAGCCUUCUUAUUCACAUAUGCGUCAGCGCUGGUAACCCGCAGGGGGCUUUGCAUGCGAUGGGCUACGCCUGCGCCGUCGAUAAGACCGAGCUGGCUCAGUCCGAGGCUAUUCGAGCCCUUUUGUACUGCAUGAUGUACGACCGUCCAUACGAGGCCGAAGCCAUUGUGAAGGAGGCCGAGAAAAAGCACGGGAAGGAGCAGGCGCAAUAUCUCGAACGGUUACUGUUGGCCGUUCAGGAGAAGAAGCAGCAGGGGUCGGGCCCCCGGGAGCUCUAA